UAGGGGACCGACCGACCGAUGGACGACGAAUUUCGUUGUGCUUUCGAACGUGCUAUGCCUUGCGGUGCACUAUUGUGCACUUUGUAAAGCCCUUUUCCUGCAACACACCUCAUUCUUUUAUUGUGUCCAUGUAUUCGCACCGAGUUUUGUUUCCGCGGAAAAUCGGGCAUUAGCGCUAUUAAUGUCCGACUCCGCAAGUCCUCAAGUUCAUGCACAGUGUUACAUAGUGUAAAACUGAGGCUGAGGUAGGAUUUGGACAGGCCUCAUCUCACUUCAGAAACAAUUCCGGCUGCUUUGGCCACUGGCACUCGUUCUGUGUUUGCUGUUCUAUUAUUUGUGUUUUCGUCUCGACCCGUCCAACGUAACUUAAGCCAAUGGAUUCAAGAAUGAAGAGUGCAGAAGAGCAGCGGCUGAUAGAUGCGAGGAUAGCAGAAAUAAAGAGAAAAGAGCAGCUCAUCAAAAAAAGACAACAGGAAAUAGAGGAAGACAUCAGACUUGCUGCAGAACAAGAUGCGUUGGUAAAUCUUAAACCUGUGGCUGAUGACUGGUUACCUGGGAAACUCAAACCGAACAGCCGAGUUAGUUUUGGGGAAGUAGAGGAAAUGAACCCAACAUCAAAACAGAUGCCUUACCGAGGUAGAGGCCGAACAAAACGUUUUGAUGAUCAGAGGGUUGGAGGCCCACCACCAGAUCCUAUCAGUUUUCUUGCGGAUCCAGAACGGGAUAAUGCUUUGUCUGAUUCAAAUUCAAUGCACUAUCAGCCAAGGAACAAUCGACAAGAACUUCGUCAGGAGCCUCCUCCGAAAAACCUGAAUGAAAAUUGGAGAGGUGAGGAAAAACGGCUACCAGCUAAACCCAUAAAAACUCAAGACGGUGACUGGAGAGAAGAGAAGCAUAAGAACGUGGACAGAAAUUGGCGUGAAGACGGCGCUGGUGAUUAUAUCAGGGAUGACCGAAACCCAGGAGUCAAAACCGUAGAUAUGGUACAAGAUUGGAGAAGGCCUCAAGCUCCACCUAGAGCCCAAACUGGUGCUCCUAACGACAGCUACAUUGUUGAUGAGGACAACUUUGGCCAUACAAGAUACUUACCCAAUCCAAAUGAAAACACACAAAAUCCUAGCGAUCUUCGAAACAAACUCAUGGAGAAACGCACAGCAUCGAGGUUACCGCCUGAUUCAAGAGAGGAGGAAUUACAGGAGCUUCCAUAUUCUGCUUUCAAUAAGCACCCAAGUCCUACAAACUCAGAACUGUUGAAUUCACAAAGAACCUAUGAUGAUCCUCAAACGCCACAAAACUCCGCAUACUACCUAAACUCUAAAGCUCCAUCCUAUGAACCAUUGCAAAAAGUUGAAGAUUUGAGUAAGGUCUACCGCGCAGAAAGCGACGAUGGUUGGGAAGCCAGCGAGCAGUCACUUGUAAAUCAGAAAGUAUACAGAGAAGAGCCCACCAGGACCCAGUACUGGAAAGAAGAUGAUUCUUUGAAUUAUUACGAAGAUCGUCCACCAACCGUUAAUGCUACCCCUCAGUACAUCGGCACUCAAAGAAUUCCAGCAGAGCCGCCCAGAAGGGAGCCGCAAGAGAGAUUUUUCAGGACUCAGUCCCAAAUCAAUGACAAUGAGUGGGCUCCAGAAAUCCAACGGGCUCAAAAUAUUUAUCCCAAUGAGCAGUAUAGUUCUAAUGCUGGAGGGCCGUAUUCAAACGAUGCAUCCUUUGAGCAGCCUCCCUCGCACCGCCGGAUUGUAAAUCCUCCUACUUACGACAGACAGCCUGUCAUUAACCAACAGACUUUAUCCAGUGGUGGUUCUCGUCAAAAUAGUGCAUUGAACACUGGGAGACCUGACGAUGCCUAUGCCUAUUUUCAAGCCAAGAUGGCGAAAGCAAGAGCACAACAGGUCUCAAGCCUUGAGCUAGAUGAAAUGCAGGCACAAUUUUCCAAGAUGUAUCAGACUCCUCCCGAUAGACGAACUACUGCUGGGAGCGCUUCAGCACAAAUGGUGGCUCAAUAUCAGUACGCAGAAACAAACACACCAACACAAGUGCCUGUCAAUGAAAGACAGUAUGCUGAGAAAAUCAAUGCUCGUCAUCAAAUAGCAAUCAAUUCUCAGUCUCUCAACUCGCACCAGCACUCAUAUCCAGAAGCGAAUAGUUUGCACCAACAAUUACCAAAUUCAAGGAAUGUCAGCCAUCACCAGUAUGCUGAAAUGAGUGCACGCCAACCCCAAAGCAUGACGCAACAACAAUAUGAGGCAAAUUGUGCUCGUCAGGUACCUGCACGGUCCAUGAGUAUGAGCCAUCCAGAAUGCAAUGAGAUGAUCGUUCGCCAGCAAGCCCUACAACCGCGGAACAAUAAUCAGGUAGACUAUGCUGAAAUGGUCAGCACUCGUCAUCACACAUCUGAACCCCAAAACUUAAGUCAACGCCAGUAUAGUGAACCCAUCACUGCUCGGCAGCCAGUUCAACAGCCUCAAAGGUAUUUGUCCCAUCAAAUACCUGAGUCUCGCAACAUUGAUCAUGAAUAUGGUGAAAUUAUUGAUUCUCAUCAGCGUGCACCCUUGUCGCAUAAUACAAUCCAGCAAGAAUAUGGUGAAAGAAUCAUUUCUAGGCAGCAGCCAGUGCCAAAUAUUCAUCCGCAAAGUGUAUCACAGCCCCAAUAUGUUAAAAACCAUUAUGCUGAGAUGAAUGCCCCGCAACAAGUAACUAGCAUGGAGAAUAUGUCGUCAGUCAAUCAGCCCAUAACCGCUGAUAUGAAUGACAGGAUUAGGAGAUGUAGAGAGCAGGCCAUUUUGGCACCCCAUGCUUCUAAUGCGCAACAAAGCUAUGCAGAACCACGCAGCCAAAUUGAUUUUCAACGCCUGGAGGCUAUGAAACAAAGUGGAUUUGUAGAAUACAACAGUUCUGUUGGGCGCAAUCCUAUGAAAGGGACAGAUAACAAUCGUCAUAAUGAAGAAUUAAUGCAAAAUUACUCUAGUCGCAUUGAAGUCAGACCUAAUCUCAACAUUCCACGAUCUCAUCCUUCCAUGGAACCAGACUUGUAUUCAGACACCGAGUAUGAUACUCGGUCGGUUGAUCCAUCUCAAAAUCAUUACCUACAAGAAAGUAGAUCUGUGUCCAAGCAGACUGCUAGUGAGCCUCAAGAAGAUCAGUGGACAGCGCAAAUGGUUGAAAUGAGGCAACUGGCAGGUCAAGCGGUACAACAAAGCUCACAGCCCAACUGGAACAUUCAGCCCCCGCAACAGCAGCAGGUGAAUGGACGACAACCUCAACCAGACAGUGAGUCUCUUUUAGCUUUCCAGAAUGAACUUGUAGCUCACGCAACAGACAGAAUCCAAGCGAGAGUGAAUAGUGCGUUAAAUGACAGGUUGAAAAGAGCUAGAGAUGCUGCCCUUCAAGAAAAGCAGGAGCCACCGCUUCAGCCAUCUCCUGUAGGAAGAGCCAUCAAAGGGUGCUCUCAGCCGUCGGCUGGUGACAAUCAGCCUCAAAUCUUGCAACCUCAAAUUGACAGUUGGCAAAAUAGCAUAAAACAAACUUCAGAUUAUCUCCCUGCAAUUCCUCUUCAAGAACCUCAGCCUUCAAAAUCACCAGAUGUUAAUCAACAUGGUCCGGAAAGUGUUCAAUCCUGCCUGUUGCGUGAGCCAGAAGCAGAAGUGCCAUUAGAAGAAGAGCAAAUAGAAAUAAAUUUACCAACAUGCAUUGAUUUAUCAAAGCCGCCUCCAGCCAUUCCAGGAGUUCUUUCUUCAGGACCUCCGGACCUACUCUCAGAUGAAAUAACAGCAAAGAUAUUUUCUGCCCCCCCACCAGUAAUCCCCGAGUUGAACCCUGAUAGUGAUGAUGCUGAAAAAUUAAUCGCAAAACCCUACUAUCAGUAUAAACCUCCAUCCAACCAGUCUUUCCGCCCAAAGUUAACGUUUUCUCUGGAGAAGAAGGGGCUAGAAAAGACUGAUCAGUCAUCUGCUACUAGUUCUGCCUCAUCGCCGCCGAAAAACGAUAGGCUCAAGAAGGACACUGUCUCCAAAGAUGAAAAAGCGUCCAAUAAAAAGAAUCAAGAGGUGGUAGCAGAAAAACGUAUUUCAGCAGCGGAACGUGUUGCAAAACUCCUAGAAACCCCUGUAGUCCUGCCUGAUUACACUCCCAGUUAUGUUUUAAAAGUCUUGGGAGAAGAAGAAAUUAAGAACAUCAAAUCCAGAACAGCUGGAAAUAGCCGCAAUGCCCAAAAUGUUGGAUCUUAGUUCAUACUCUUCAAGGGUACUCUUUGCAUGAAGACAGAUCCAGUGACUUUCUAUUUGUUCCUAUCUUGCCAGAAAGAUGAAAAUGAAACAUUUUGAGUUCACUCGAAAAUCUGAGUAUUAGAUUCACUCGCCUCUAAUUCCAAGAGUAAUCGCCCAGGAACUUACGGUUUUUUGGCGGAAUGUUCAUGUAGUGAACAAAACAAUCCAGAUGAAAUCUUUUUUAGCUAAAAUUCAGUAGAAGUAGCAGUGAUUUAAUUUCCUUGGAAAUCUUACACAGACCCUUACUCUGUAUAAUUUACAUUAUGAUACAAGUUUGUGGGUGUACAAGAACGUUAAGAGGAAAUACAUAAGUAGAAAUCAGUCUGAGAAAAAUGAGGAUUAUGUACUUAAAAUAAUUUGGUUGUUUUUUCUGUUUACCAGUACGUAGAUCUCUGAGUGCUUUCUCUUGACUUUUCUAUCAUUUAACACUUACAGCUCCAGUUUACUUUCUAGAAUAUCUAGUUCUUGAAGCUCCCUAACGAAAGGUUCACAAUUUGGAUUGCUGAAUGAGUCCUGAAAUUAGCAAGGACUCCUAAUUUUGACUCACAGAAAACUAUGCCAUGAAAUGGAGGGUUUCUUCUUUUUAUACCUCUUGAUGAGAGUGAACUAUGCCAGUUUUAACUCGUGACGGUUUGAUUUCAUUUUCUGGUGCUAAGGAUCCAGCCUAUGGCCAACUGAUCUGCUUAAGACUUCCAUUUUAGACCAGUCCAGACAGUUCAGUCAUUCCUGUGGAUGAGUUUUGAGAUCCUUCUGUGUAUUAGCAGUGCACUGGGAAGUUAAAAUGCGAUGCAUUUCUCAUGGGAGACGCAAAUUCUACAUCAUACUUGCUGCAGUGGAGCGGGGGUCCCUCUGGCUUCUCACUGAUGAUCAAAUUGAUUUUCAAUGAUUCUCCUACUAACUCCUAUUUGAAUAAAUCCAGCCCAAGCCCUUUAGCGGAUCCUAUGUAAUCGUGUGGAUCUCAAAAAGAUGUGUAGUGACUGACCUGUGUGGAUUGGUAUUGCUUCUUUUUUUAAAUUCUUAUUUCUCUCUCCAAUCAUCACACAAGUUUUGUCUUUUCAUGUUUUUUUUUUUUUUUUUCCAAUUGAUUUUUACACGUUGACAACCACAGCAGUUAGCAAAAGAGCCUUUUGCAUCUCCAGGCUGGUCAUCAUGGCAAAAUACGAUAGUAGAGUUUUACCGAUUCUAUGUAUUUGCCUAAAGCCACCCACCCUGAGAUGGUCACUGAGACGUAAUGGGCUCCAUCGUCCUAGAUGAACAUCAGCAGGCCUUGUUUCAUGAAACAUUUUAACGAAUUUUAACUUUGUUUGCUGAACUGUUCGUCGCUAACUGUGCUAACGCACGUCUUUAUGUUAUCAUAGUUUUGUUGAAUUAUUCUCUGAAUCCGUAGUUUUGAUCAUUUCAAGUUACCUCAGGCGAACUGUAUGUGAACAACAUCACCCGUAAGCUUGUGCUACUAAACUAUGCCGAACGGUGGUGGCUAGCUGAAUGGGUUCAUUUGUGUAGAUGGAGCCUUAAUUCUCACGUUUUGUGACAAAAUCAGCAUCAGGGAACAGUGAGAUGGCUAAGAUUCAGUGAGAAAAAAAUGUUUUGAUCCCUACUUUCGUUAGACGAUUAGUAAGCUUGAGGCAUGAUCCUGUGGAAGUCGACGUGUUGAUCAAUGUGCGUUGAUUAAAGUGUUAAUCAACCAAGGCCCAGUUCUACCUCUUCUUGACAAAUUUAAUCUCCUGAUAGAGAAAAAUUUAAAAUGCUGUUUCAAGAGAUUUUAAAGCUUGACCUCUAUGUUUCAUUGCGUGAAGGUCAUCUUUGGCUCUGGCGGAACAUUACCUGUAAAAUGGAAUGAAACGUUUAAAACGUAUCAAGUGGUGAUAGAACAGGGCCUGAACUAUAUUUUAGAUUUUGAACCUCUAUGGUGCCACUCAUUCAAAUUCAAUUGUGUCUUAACAUUGAAUUUUCAAUUGUCAAAACAAUUAGCAGGAUCUAAUGUCUGUAAUUAGUGCUUAAUUCUAGUUGGAAAUGAUUUGUUAAAAAAUUUUGAAACUAUUACUUCUUUUGGUGUAUAGUACUCAAAAAAAAAAUUCUGGCCUCCUUGCAUUUAUAAAUCAAUUCUGCACCAAUGUUUUCAGAUGGACAGAUCAUUGAUGUAUUUCUACAGUUGAGUUGAUCAAUGUGAUUCAGUGUUAAAAGGAGACUAAUUGAAGGCUUAUCACACAAUUUGUUACAUGUCAUUGUAUGUUAUGUUUGAAAUUUUAAAUUUUGACAUGCCCAAUUUCCUUAAGUCAAUGUCUUAAAGUAAACAAGACACUUUGACCUUAUCAUUUUUAAUUUUUUUCCUUGAAGUUCAAGGAAACCUCUGAAAUCGUCAAGAUCUUUUUCGUUUCAAUUCUUUUUCUUAUUAACUGAAACGUAUUUCAGAUUACCUUUUCAUCCUUCAUAUGUGACAAGGGUAGUCAGAAUGGAUCUGUUCUGGUAGUCACAAAAUUGUGUUUUGAUUUUUUCAGAUUAUUGAUCAGCAAUAAAUAAUAAACUCCGUUCAAACAUCAAGUUUCCAUGUCUAAUGUUAACAUCAUUCUUGCACACACAACGUCAUCCUUUAAAAUACAGGACGUAUGAAAUAAUCCACCACAGCGGUGUGUGUGUACUACAUCUUCCACCUUGAUUUCAUUACUAUGAUUUGAUUGAUUCAUUAAAACAAUGCACUGACGCAGCGGAUGAUGUCACACACUGUGUUGCAUGGAGAGUGAUACCUCCAUUAAUAUUGGAUGUGGAAACAAGGCAUUUGGACAGAUCAUUUCAUUUUUUGCUAAACUUUAAGCUUCAACCAUAAAAAUACAAUUCUAUUAUCAGCGCAACUCACACGUUGUUCACACAAUGAGAAGAAUUAGUAAAUAAUCUCCAAAAAUAAUUUUUACAUUAUCCACUAUAGUGAAUAUGCAUUUUUCAAACAAGCAAAUUGUAUUUCAGAGACUUUUUUUCUCUUAAAAUUUUUACCACCAA